AUGGACCCGAAAUAUUUCGAUACAGAGCGAUCACAAAAUCCGAGGGAGAGAGCCAACGUUCUGUCGAAACUCACUUUUUGGUAUACACGUCCUGUCUUCGCUAAAGGAAGGGAAGGCCAACUUAGCAUAUCAGAUGUUUACAGGUGUACUGAGGAGCACAGGGCUGCCCCGCGCGGUGAUGAGAUCGGAAAAAUAUGGAAACAGGAAUUAGAAAAAGAAGGGAAAGGCAAAAAGCCGUCCCUCUUGCGCGCCAUACUCAGAAUUUACGGGUUGCGAUUCGUAAUUGGAAAUCUGAUCUUCUCCGUCUGUGAAACUAGUGUAAAGUUAGCAAUACCGUUGUGCCUUGAAGGACUUAUCAAUUAUUUCUCACGGUCCCACUCUGGCAUACCUGUUACGCACGCGUACUUAUACGCCCUAGGUGUAGUAGGACUCAUGAGCCUCCAAGCGACGAUGUUACAUCCAACACUUUUGUGGCUACUGGAUAUGGCGUUGAAAAUACGUGUCGCCUGUUGUUCCCUUGUUUAUAGAAAAUUGCUUCGUUUAGAUCUGAACGUGGGUGGUAAAGCCACAGAAGGUCUAGCCGGGCACGUAGUGAAUCUCCUGACAACGGACGCGCAGAGAUUCGACAUGGCGGCUCUGUUCGUCAUGGACUUGGUCAGAGCGCCGAUAGAGAGCGCACUCAUUGUGUACCUUAUGUACAGGCAGAUAGGGGUCGCCACGCUGGUCGGAGUAGCGUUCAUAUUGUCGUUUAUACCGUUACAAGGGUACCUCGGUAAAAUAUCUAGCAAGUUGCGUCGUAAGACAGCAAUCAGGACUGAUAACAGGAUACGUAUGAUGAACGAAGUGAUACAGAGUAUAGAAGCUAUCAAGAUGUACGCUUGGGAGAAUGCUUUCGCCAAGAUCAUUGGCCAUGCAAGAAGAAAAGAAAUGAAUGUUAUCAAAAAAAUGUCAUGGCUCCGAGCCGUUAUGAUAUCAUGCGUUAAACUGAAUACUAAAGUCGCCAUAUUCUUAAGCAUAAUUUCAUUCAUAUCAUUUCAAAACGAACUUACCGCAGCCAAAGUAUACGUAAUAUUUACAUACUAUGAAAUGCUUAAGUAUAACUUGGUAGAUUUUCUACCGCUAGCGAUAACAUUUACGUUGGAAGCAUACGUAAGUGUGAAAAGGAUGCAAGAGUUUUUGUUGCUGGCUGAAGUCAAUAAUCAAGACGGCGUAGAUUUGGUUACGAUAGAUGAGAAACAGCCUGUUUCUAACGGAGUGUUUGAGAAGAUUGGAAAUGGCCAACAGACAUACAUCAAAUCGGAAACGGAUCUGGAAAUGUCAAAACCACCUGUGUUAUUGUCGAUGCAAAACUAUACUGCGCACUGGAGAAAUGCCGAAGACGAGUCUUUAGAUAAGAAAGUUGUUGCACUCAUGGAUAUCAAUUUAACGAUAAAACCGGAAACUUUGACAGUAAUCGUAGGUACAGUAGGUUCUGGCAAAUCAACGUUACUACAAGCUAUGUUAGGGGAAUUAACACCGACCAGUGGAUAUCUGCAGACCAAAGGAAAAAUCGCAUACGCCGCUCAAGAGCCCUGGCUUUUUGAAGCAUCGGUUCGUCAGAAUAUUCUUUUCGGUGAAGAUAUGGAUCUACGUAGAUACAAACAAGUGAUCAAGUGUUGCCAGUUGACAACUGAUUUGGAAAUAUUAUCCCAUGGCGACAAGACUAUCGUAGGAGAGAGAGGCGCCUCCCUCUCCGGUGGUCAGAGGGCGCGAAUAUCACUAGCUCGAUGCGUUUAUCAAAACGCCGACGUGUAUUUGUUGGACGAUCCGUUAGCUGCAGUCGACGCUAAGGUAGCGCAAGCUAUAUACGCAGAUUGUGUCCGCGGUUUCCUCAGAUCCAAAGCGGUGAUAUUGGUCACCCAUCAUGUGCAGUACGCGGCCCACGCCGACCAUGUGGCCGUCGUGAGAAAUGGACAGAUUGUAGCACAAGGAACAUAUCAACAACUGAAGAACGGAGCCAGUGAGUUUGAGAAGUUAGUGGAAGUGUCGGAGAGGGAUGAAGAAGAGAAACAGAAGCAGAAAGCUGUUAACUAUGAGAAUCAGGAGACUGUAGAACACAAUUACAAACUUCGAUCUCAGAGAUCCAUGUCUGAAGCGUCCCAGUUGUCCUUCAAUCUGGAUUUGGAUAACAAUUUGGAUCCCAAAUAUGAAGGUGAGAGUCAACACAAAGGUUCUGUUGCUAAGGGAGUUUACAUGGCUUACAUCAAAAGCGGUGGCUCCAAGUGGACGAUGCUGCUGCUAGUCUCCUUGUUCAUAAUCGCUCAAGUGUUCUACUCGGCUACUGAUAUAUGGCUGAAAGAAUGGGUAAACAUUGAAGAGGAACACAGUGCCACUGUGAGGAAACAAACCAAUGCUGAGCUGCCGCACAAUCGCUUCGCUCUCUCCCGUGAGCAGUGUAUAUAUGUGUACGGCACCCUAAUAGCCGUAUGUGUCUUAUUUACAUGGAACAAACUGGUCGUAUUCUAUAACACGUGUAUUAGAGCGUCUGUGACACUGCAUGAUACCAUGUUCAGGGGUGUAACAAAUGCUCCAAUGUGGUUCUUCCAUCACAAUCCGUCCGGUAGAAUAUUGAACAGAUUCUCUAAAGAUAUGGGACAGACUGAUACAUUGCUUCCGGUAGCUUUAGUGGACUGUGCCGGGUUUUUCCUGGAAGUGGUGUUCAUAUUGAUUGUUGUGUGUUUGGUGAACUGGUGGCUGGUGCUGCCCACUACCAUACUGGUGGUGUUCCUCGUGAUGUUGCGUAAUUUGUACGUGUGCACCAGCCGAGAGCUCAAAAGAAUAGAGGCCAUCGCCCGCAGCCAGUCGCUGAACCACGCGGCGGCGACCGUGUCCGGGCUGAGCACGAUCAGGUCGUGCGGGCGGCAGCAGCGCACGCUGGCGCGCGAGUUCGACGCGCUGCAGGACCUGCACUCCUCCUCGUGGGCGCUCGUGCUCGCCACCACGCGCGCCUUCGCCUGGUGGAUGGACAUGCUCUGCUGCGCCUUCCUCGCCUGCGUCACCGCCAGCUUCCUGCUGAUGCCCUCACACGAGACGGUUGGUGGCAACGUGGGGCUCGCCAUCACUCAGGUGCUCGGUCUGGUCGGCAUAUGCCAGUACGGCAUCCGGCAGACCGCCGAGGUGGAGAACCAGAUGACAGCGGUGGAAAGGAUACUGGAAUACAAAAACUUACCCCCGGAAAGUCCCGUGGAGCCCGACGAGAUAGCUUUGAAGAACAAACACCCUGGAUUGGAUCUGAACAAAUGGCCAACUAUUGGAGAAAUUGUGUUCGAUGAUGUAUCGCUCGAAUACGAGAAACAACCGAAGAAGGAGAUAGUCACAUCUGAAACCGUUAAAGAUGAACCGGCCCUGGCCAUCAGGGGCGUCAGUUUUACAAUAAAAGGGGCGGAGAAAGUGGCGGUUGUUGGCAGAACCGGUGCCGGCAAGAGUUCCUUGGUUAGCGCGCUCUUCAGAUUGAACCGCAUAACCGGUAACAUAUACGUGGACGGAGUGAACGCCGAAUGUACCGGUUUACGCACGUGGCGGUCGCGGCUGUGUGCGUUACCCCAGCGGGCCGCGCUGUUCGCCGCCACGCUGCGGGACAACCUCGACCCCGCCGGGAUAUACAGCGAUGCAGAGAUACACCGCGCGCUGCAGCAGGUGGAACUGAGCGAGAUGGUGGGCAAUAUGCCCGCCGGGCUGAACACCAAAGUGGGCGACGGUGGCGGCAACCUGUCGGGCGGCCAGCGGCAGCUCAUAUGCAUGGCGCGCGCCGCCCUCGCCGGGGCCAGGGUGCUCGUGCUGGACGAGGCCACCGCCAACGUGGACUCCACGACGGACAAACAUAUACAGGAUACUAUAAGAAGCAAAUUCGCCGACUCCACAGUCCUGACUAUAGCUCACCGUUUGAAUACCGUCAUGGAUUACGACCGUGUGAUCGUUAUGGACAAAGGAAAAGUGGUGGAGACAGGUCAUCCGUACGAGCUGCUCACUCAGAACCAACCCAAAACUGAUGCGCCGCAGAGGCGAUCACUGCUGCUCUCCAAGAGCCAGGCACCUCUGGCUAAACCAGAAAACUUUGCAUUUGAAUCCACGGACAAGCUAGAAGACGAGUCCCACAGACUGCUCACCGAGAUGACCAGAACGUAUUCCAAUAAGUCUGGUAUAGAACAAGAAACGAUGGGUAUAUUCAAGUCGUUGGUCGAACAAACUGGCAAAGAGACGGCGGCGCUCUUAUACAAAAUGGCCAAAGAGAGCUACAACAAAAUGCUGCAGAAGAAAAAUUCCUAA